UUCCUUUUGUUUUCUUUCUUUCUCACACUUCAUCUGCAGUUGAGCUCAGCAAACCAAACAACACUGCAAGUCCGCCAUUCCUCGACGGCGUCGCCGAAGUCACAGUGAUAGACUAUGCCGCUCUCAACAUCAUAAUUACUAAUAUGGCGAAACCAAUCCCUCCCCAUCGAACCCUUCUCCAACCUCACUCUACCUUCGACCUCUCUUCUUACUCUCCCACUUCCUCAAUCCAAUCUCUCUCACUCUCCCAUUCCCAAACCCUAAUCUACCUCGCAACUUCCUCCGGAUCCCUCUUCUUACUCUCCACUAACCCUAUUUCCUUUCUCCGAAGUGUUUCUGUUACCGAUUCUUCUCCAAUUGAAUCUAUUCUCCUGCUUUCCGAUAUCGGAAAAGUUUUACUUCUCUGCGACGGUUCCUUGUUUUUAGUCGACUCUCUAUUAUCCCACCCUGUUAAGAAAUUGACCUUUCUUAAGGGCGUUUCCGCCAUUUCCAAGAGAAUUCGAACCGGUGAAGCGGAUUGUACGGAUUUAGUUUUGCCUGCUAAUUUGGAGUCCUCCACUCCCAGUCAGCGCCUUUUUAACAAAUUAGGAGGUGGGCUUAAAGCUAAUGGUGUUAAAUCGAACCACACAGUGCAAGGUAACAAUGUUUUUGCUCUUGUUAUUGGUAGGAAGUUGAUCCUGGUAGAGCUUGUUUUUACGGAUAAUCGAGUUGGCGAGACUGAUAAAGAGGUUGAUAGUUUAAAUGGGUCCUUGCUGAUUUUGAAAGAGAUUCAGUGUAUUGAUGGGGUUAAGACAGUUGUGUGGCUUAAUGACUCUAUUAUUGUGGGUACUGUUAAAGGUUAUAGUUUGUAUUCUUGUGUUACUGGACAAAGUGGGGUUAUAUUUACGUUGCCAGAUGUGUCUAGUAGUCCGCCGCAGCUUAAGUUUUUGUGGAAGGAGAAGAAGGUGCUUAUGUUGGUCGACGUUGUCGGAAUUGUUGUUGAUGAGCAUGGACAGCCAGUUGGAGGGAGCUUAGUUUUUCGCGGAUGUCCUGAUUCUAUUGGAGAAUUAUCAUCUUGUGUUGUGCUUGUGAGAGAUGGGAAGAUGGAGGUAUAUAGUAAGAGAUCAGGGCGUUGUAUUCAGACUUUUACUUUUGGUUCUGAAGGCGUUGGACCGUGUAUUGUUGCGAAUGAGGAAGGUGGAAACGGAGGACUUCUUGUUGUUGCAACGCCCACCAAGGUUAUCUGCUACUCCAAAGUGCCACCUGAAGAACAAAUCAAAGGUCUAUUGAGGAAAAAGAACUUUAAGGAAGCCAUCUCCUUGGUGGAGGAGCUGGAAUCUGAAGGUGAAAUGUCUAAUGAAAUGCUGUCCUUUGUUCAUGCUCAAGUGGGUUUCCUCUUGCUUUUUGACUUGCAUUUUGAGGAAGCAGUGAAUCACUUUUUGCAGUCAGAGACUAUGCAGCCUUCAGAAGUAUUUUCAUUUAUAAUGCGAGAUCCGAACCGGUGGUCGCUGCUGGUACCUAGGAACCGAUAUUGGGGCUUGCAUCCUCCCCCUGCUCCUCUUGAAGAAGUUGUUGAUGAUGGAUUGAUGGCCAUCCAAAGAGCUAUUUUCCUCAGGAAAGCAGGUGUUGAUGCGGCAGUAGAUGAUGAUUUUAUAUUGAAUCCACCAAAUAGAUCUGAGUUACUUGAAUCAGCAAUCAAAAACAUCAUAAGGUAUUUAGAAAUUUGUCGUGAGAAAGAGUUGGCUUUGUCGGUGCGAGAGGGAGUUGACACACUUUUAAUGUAUCUCUAUAGAGCCUUAGACAGGGUAGAUGAUAUGGAGAGGCUUGCAUCUUCAGUAAACAAUUGUAUUGUGGAGGAGUUAGAAACUCUAUUAGAUGACUCUGGGAAUUUGCGGACGCUUGCCUUCUUAUAUGCAAGUAAAGGAAUGAGUUCAAAGGCUCUUGCCAUAUGGCGGAUUCUAGCAAGAAACUAUUCUUCUGGUCUAUGGGAAGAUCCUGUCCUGGAAUCUGACUUGCAUGAGGGCAGUAAAAAAAUUCCAUCUGGUAAAGAGAUUGCUGCAAUUGAGGCAUCUAAAAUUCUGGAGGAAUUGUCUGAUCAGGAUUUGGUUUUGCAGCAUCUUGGAUGGAUUGCAGAUAUUAAUCCAGUACUUGCAGUUGAUGUUUUGACUUCAAAGAAACGAGUAAAUCAACUUUCACCAGACGAAGUGAUUGCUGCCAUCGAUCCAAAAAAGGUUGAAAUCUUACAAAGUUAUCUCCAGUGGUUGAUUGAAGAUCAGGACUCAACUGACACCCAAUUUCAUACACUGUAUGCUCUCUCACUUGCAAAGUCAGCAAUUGAAUCCUUCACAUUGGAAAGUGUUUCUGUGAACCCUGAUGAUCAAAGGGAACAUGAGGCAAAUGUUUCUGAUUUAAGUAGAAAUUCAUUCUUACAAAGUCCUGUAAGAGAAAGGUUACAGAUAUUUUUAUUAUCAUCAGACCUAUUUGAUCCAGAAGAGGUACUUGACUUGAUUGAAGGAUCAGAACUGUGGCUUGAAAAGGCCAUUCUAUACAGAAAAUUAGGGCAAGAGACAUUGGUGCUACAAAUUUUGGCCCUGAAGCUGGAGGACUGUGAAGCUGCGGAACAAUAUUGUGCAGAAAUUGGCAGACCUGAUGCAUAUAUGCAGUUACUCGACAUGUAUUUGGAUCCACAAAAUGGCAAGGAGCCUAUGUUCAAGGCGGCUGUUCGUCUUCUGCAUAACCAUGGAGAAUCAUUGGAUCCCUUGCAAGUAUUAGAGACACUGUCUCCAGAAAUGCCCCUCCAACUUGCAUCAGAUACCAUAUUGCGGAUGUUGAGGGCCCGGCUCCAUCAUCAUUUGCAAGCAAAAAUUGUGCAUAAUCUGUCUCGUGCUAUAGAUGUUGAUGCAAGACUUGCAAGAUUGGAGGAAAGAUCCCGGAAUGUGCAGAUUAAUGAUGAGAGCCUUUGUGAUUCAUGUCAUGCACGCCUUGGCACUAAACUAUUUGCUAUGUAUCCAGACGAUACUGUUGUCUGUUAUAAGUGUUUUCGGCGCCUAGGCGAGUCUACUUCUGUAAAAGGGCGUAAUUUUAAGAGAGACAUCCUUUUCAAACCAGGUUGGCUGGUGACCCAGUGAGCUAGACACAACUUAUUGUGAAUUAUAUGGGUUAUGUUCAACCCCGAUGUUCAUACAUUACUGCUGAGUGUGUUAUUGGAACAUUAUUUCUUACUUUCUUAUGUUUAAUGUCAUUACCCCGAGUUCGUUUAUACUUGGUGUAUAUGGAAAUAAGAAUAUAAUCAAUUGUGAGAAAGUCUAUUGAGAAAACAACAAAAAUGUUACUCCA